UGAUUCUGCUCCAGUCGUCGUCGUCGUCGUCGUCGUCGUCGUCGUUGUUGGCCCGUUGGGUUGUUGUUGUCCUCUUUUUAUGUGUUUCGAAUCUGCAGGUUUGACUUGAGCCUCACUCAUCCUCUCAUCCUCUCAAGAGUCUCUACUCUCUCUCUCUCUCAUCCUCUCCUCUCUUACACCACUCCACUCACUACUCUCUGCCCAGCUCAACUCAACUCUCCGCUCUGCUCUGCUCUUCCCCCUUCUUUGCUCUUCUAUUCUGUCUGUCUUUAUAUCUCUUUGUUGUAUCCACCACUUUUUUCUUUGGUCGGUUCCAUUGUCCCGUCUCAUUCCCCAUUCCCAUCCGUGGCCGCUUUGCAUCGGCCGAAUCCACACAAACAUCCAUCCAACCAACGGGAUAGGCGAUAACCACUGGCCACAGCCCCAGACUGACUCAGGCACAGGAACACAUCCUAUCUCCACCCGCGCCCUUGCGGUGGUGUCUUGUCUUGUGUCUUGAGUUGUGUAUCCUGUGGCUCAUCCCUCCUAGCCGCCACUGUCUCCCCGUCUCCCCGUUUCCCCGUCUCCCCACAUUGUUCGCCUUCCGUUUGUGCCUAGGAUGGCCACGAGGGUUGCUCCAUCCGCCGCCUCGCAGACUCUUCACCACUCCCAUCGCCACCAGCCCGUCCAGCCUGUGCAACCCCACGAUGCUGCUGCUGCAAACCCCAAUAAUACAGCCGCCGGCAAGGGCGCCAACACCGGUACCAACCCCGGAUUCUCUCCCCGCAGAUCGCCCUCACCCGCUCCCCAGCACCGCCGCGGCUAUCAGGCUUGCGAUCCGUGCCGCAAGAGAAAGGUGCGCUGUGAUUUAGGAAGCGUCGACAACCCCCGCCCUCCCCCCUGCGUCCGCUGCCGCCGCGAAAGCAAACGCUGCGAGUUCUCUGCUACCCGUCGCAAGCGCAAGGUACCAGAAGCUGCCAAUGGCGAUGCCGAGGAAGAUACCACUCUGCGCAGAGACAAGCGCAUGAUGUCUGCAGAUGCCUCUCGCCUCGAUUCCGCGGAGAGCCUCAAUAGCGGCACCAAUAAUAACGUAAAUGAUAAUGAUAAUGAUGAUGACACGAAUAGCAACGACGUCUCGCCCUUUCCCCCCGCUCCUCCCUCCGCGAUAGAUACCGAUAUCAGCAUGUCCGCCGCCUCCCACCGUCGAUGGACUGAGCCUGGACACCCGCCCAUCAAUCGCUUUCCCAUCCCGCCGGCAAACCCUAUCCCGUCUAGCCAGUAUCACAGUAAUAGUAACAACGUUAGCGCCAGCGUAGGCACCAGCCAUCGGUUACCGGCGCGAAGCGUGGGCGGCCCCGGUGCAGGCCCAGGAUCAGGUGGUUACGCGGAAAACCUCACCGGCGCCAGCGGUCAGCAAGUCAUGAACCGCACCGCGGCUGAACUGCUCUCCCCAGCCAUCAGCAACACUCACGAUGCACUCCAUCUCCUAUCUGAAGCUGCGGGGAGGACGGAGGAUUUAAAUCGCCAGCAGCAGAUGGACUAUCGCUAUGCCGCAUCCUCGUCGACCUUUGCGUCGCCAAACGACCCCAUUGCGAGGGGCAGCAUCUCCGAGAAAUCGGGAAGAUCCAUGUCCAACGGCCAGCAGUCUAUCCAUCGCUACCAACCGCGGACAGCGGGCUCGACUGCAGCUGGCGUUGUCGAACAUCGUGCUGGGGACGGGGUUGUUGGGGCUAGCGAUACGGGUGGGUCAGGGGCUGGGUUGAUGAACGCUCCUCCUUCGUUGAAAGGUGGAUUUGUGGAGGAUGUGGAUUAUGUGAAUGCGGUGAGGGUGUGGUCGAGGUUUCGCUUCAUCAGGGCUGGUUGGUUCAGUGUUGAUGAGGCCAUGGGGUAUAUUGCAUACUAUUACGAGCACCUCGCGCCGUUGAGUCCCAUCGUUAUACCAAACUACAGCUCUCCAUCAAUGCAUCUAACCCUCCUAACCGAAGAGCCCGUCCUGACCGUCACAAUGCUCACCAUCGCUUCCCGCCACAUGCCUUUAACAGGCAACGGAGCGAAUUCCCGCGCCUACUCCAUUCACGAAAAACUAUGGUCCUAUCUACGCGGCAUGAUCGAGCGCCUAUUCUGGGGCCAGGAGAAAUUCGACGGCGGCACUCUACCUUCCCAAAUGCCCAAAUUCUCCUUCGCGCCUGGCCAAUCAAAUGCGAGCAACGGUCAUCUGCGAUCGCUCGGUACUAUCGAAGCUCUCCUUCUCCUGACGGACUGGCACCCGCGCGCCUUGCAUUUCCCACCUGGCGAUGAUGAGAAUACUCUGUUGGAUAUUGACCCACAGCUCCUGACGCAGAUUCAGACGCAGUCCCUUGACAACAAGGGGAAUAACGAUCAUGACUACGAUCCUAUAAUCAUGAACAAGGCGCAGAGUACUAGCGGCGGUGGAAGCGGUGGUGGUGGCGGUGGUUCAGAGGGGCGUCUCGCGUUCUACAAAUGGCUCGAACCCGUCUGGCGCUCCGAUCGUAUGUCCUGGAUGCUACUCAGCACAGCGCAAGCCCUCGCCUUCGAACUCGGCGUCUUCGACCCGAAAAACGACCAAGUGUCCAACGCAAACACAGAAUCUUCAACCGAGCGUAUCCGGAAACGGCGCGUGCGCAAACUGAUUCUCGUCUAUGUGUCGCAGAGUAGCGGGCGGUUAGGAAUCCCGUCCAUGCUCCCGCUGCCUCAGUGGGGGAUUAACAUGGAUCCGGUGUCGUCGGAGGAUUGUCGAUUCUUAGAUCCCAACGAGGACCGCUCGAUUGACCUGAUGCAGGAUUGCUGGAUGGAUAUUUCGAAGAUCAUGUACACGAGUAACCAGGUGUUGUUCCAGAGUAAGGAGCAGACGACGAAUUUGAUUAAGAGUGGGAGAUACAGAGAACAGAUUGAUAAGUUCAUACCGUCGUUGAAGGAGUUUAGGAUGAAGUUUGAUAGGGUUUCUAUGUCUGGCCAUAUGCGACAUAUUCUAGCUAUUGAAUAUGAGUAUACCCGCUUAUAUGUCAACUGCCUCGCCCUUCAAGCCGUCGUCGACAGAUGGACCACAAUGGGCAAUGAAGCGCAACAUUUGUCGGCGACGGCAUCUACACGGCGCAAUUCAGCAACGGGCCAGACAGCUUCAUCCUCCGCCGCGAAUACAACGGCUUCUUGGCGUGUCCUCAUGGAGCAAUACCAGGUCAACGAACCGUAUAUUCAAGAGGUUGUCGACGCUUCGCGGCGCAUUUUGAAAACUGUCCUUGACGGCCUUGUCCCUGGCGACUCUCUGAAACAUGCGCCUGUCCGCACGUUUUUCCGAAUCUUAUCGGGAAUGAUAUUCAUUCUUAAGACCUUUACGCUAGGUGCCAAAGAAGAUGAAGUCCGCAUCUCCCUCGACCUGCAAGACCGUACCGUCGAGUCUCUGCGCACCUGCGUAGUCGACGAUGUCCACCUGAGCGUCACCAUCGCCGACCUCCUUCAGCUCCUAACGUCCAACAUUCGCAACAGAUUCCUCCGCUUUGCACCCCCAGACCGCGGCACAGGCGAAUGCAGCAGCCGUGAGCGAACACCGCAGCUACAAUCGCAACCACAGGCUCUCAUGUCCUCGCCAAUGUCAACACGGCAGUCACCACACCCGCCAGACCACCUCAACCACACCUCUCAACAACUCGAUCAGAACCAAAAUGACUUCCAAAACCCCGCGCGCUGGCAGCAACAACACCAGCAGCAUCAGCUCUCCACCAACACGCCCUUCCAUUAUGAUCCAAACAGCCACCAUCACCACCAGCAAACCAACCAGCACAGCCACAGCCAUAGUCACAGUCACAGUCACCCCCAAUCCUCAUCGGCCCCUUCAACAACCCAUGCAGACCCCCUCGCCAACAUCCCCGCCCAACCCCUCAACUCCUCCAAUCUAACCGUCUCCUUCAUGCCCCCGCCCGCCUCCGUCUAUUACAACUACUACGACCCGAGCACCGCUUCUCUGAAGAUAGAUCUCGACGGCGCAGACCCCACCACCACGGCCACGGCCAACGCCAGCAACACCAACGACACCAACAACAACACUAUCUCCCCCGACAUCAUCAACAGCCACAACCACACUGGAAACAACGACGGUUCCGCCUCCUCGCUCGCCAACGGCACCACCACUGCCAGCGGCGCUAAUGGGCCCUCCAGCACUAACAACACCAAUAACAACAACACCAGCGGUGCCGGUCCCGGCGCCCAAUCCGACUGGUUCGCGCUACCGCUCGAUCAGUUCUUCAACAGUUCGACGAUGGGGGUUGAUCAGGGACUGGGCGGGACAGGGCCGAUGGUGGGUGAGUUUGAUAUGCUGGAGGUGUUGUUGAAGGAGCAGGAUGAUAUGGGAGGUGGGUUUAUGUAGAUGUUUGGUCUUUUUUUUUUUUUUUUUUUUUUUUUCUUAUCGGUAUCUUUGGAAGGUUAUGGGAGUAUAUAUCUAGGCG